UAUGAUUGUUACGCAGAAACAAAGUUCAUAUACAGAUCGUUAUUAACAAACCCUUCUUAAAUAUCCCAACAUUGAGACUCUUCCUUUCUUGUUUGAUCAAAGUGAAAUAAUCUUGCAUGGCUACACAAAUCAAUCCCUGUUCUUCAUCUUCCACCACCUUCUCACCGUCUUCACUUAAUCAAAAAGCUUUUUCCUCUGCAAAAUUCUUCAAUUUCUCAAGAAAAUCUUCUCCCUCCAGAUGGGUUUUCAAGAUUCACUCGAGAAUCAGUCCGAAAAACCAGUUUGAACUCAAAUCCUCAAAUGGGUCUCCUCUUAAUGCGAUUUCUUUGCACGGUGGUGCAGCAGAGAAGCCUCUAGCGAAAGAACUCGUAUCACCACCGGAACAAUCUGAAUCGAAUCUUAGUGUCACUGUCGUCGGUGCUUCCGGCGAUCUUGCCAAGAAAAAAAUCUUUCCGGCGCUUUUUGCUCUCUUUUACGAGGAUUGUUUACCUCAGAAUUUUACUAUAUUUGGUUAUGCUCGAACCAAAAUGACUGAUGAGGAGUUAAGAGAGAUGAUUAGUGGAACUUUAACUUGCAGAAUCGAUAAGAGAGAAAACUGUGGUGACAAAAUGGAAAAGUUUCUUGAAAGAUGUUUCUACCAAUCGGGUCAAUACAACUCUGAGGAACAUUUUGCAGAAUUGGACAUUAAGUUGAAGCAGAAAGAGGGUGGAAAAGUAUCGAAUAGGUUGUUUUACUUGUCAAUACCACCGGAUAUUUUUGUUGAUGUGGCACGUUGUGCAAGUGUAAGGGCUUCUUCCAAGAAUGGCUGGACAAGGGUAAUUGUGGAAAAACCAUUUGGUCGUGACUCAGAAUCUUCUGGAGAGCUAACAAGAAGCCUCAAGAAGUACUUAGCCGAGGAUCAAAUCUUCAGGAUUGAUCAUUACUUAGGGAAGGAGCUAGUGGAGAAUUUAUCGGUUCUUCGUUUCUCAAAUCUUGUUUUUGAACCACUUUGGUCAAGAAACUACAUUCGAAAUGUACAAUUCAUAUUUUCCGAAGACUUUGGCACAGAAGGGCGAGGAGGAUACUUUGACAACUAUGGAAUCAUCCGAGAUAUAAUGCAAAACCACCUCCUACAAAUACUAGCAUUGUUUGCAAUGGAAACACCCGUCACUUUGGAUGCCGAAGACGUUAGAAACGAAAAGGUUAAAGUUUUGAGGUCGAUGAGACGCCUACAGCUUGAAGAUGUAAUCGUGGGCCAAUAUAAAGGCCAUAGCAAGGGUGCAAAGACGUAUGCAGGGUACACAGAUGACCCAACUGUGCCAAAUGACAGUCUUACCCCAACUUUUGCAGCAGCAGCUCUCUUUAUAGAUAAUGCCCGAUGGGAUGGUGUCCCAUUUCUUAUGAAAGCAGGAAAGGCCCUCAAUACUAGAAGGGCGGAGAUUAGAGUUCAAUUCAGACAUGUUCCAGGGAAUCUAUACAAACGAAACUUUGGGAUGGAUUUGGAUAAGGCUACAAAUGAGCUCGUGCUUCGUGUCCAGCCUGAUGAAGCGAUUUAUCUCAAGAUUAAUAAUAAGAUUCCUGGUCUUGGAAUGAGAUUUGACCGGAGUGAUCUUAAUUUGCUCUACAGCGCAAGGUAUCCGAAGGAAAUUCCGGAUGCAUAUGAGAGGCUUCUGUUGGAUGCGAUUGAAGGAGAAAGGAGAUUGUUUAUAAGAAGCGAUGAACUUGAUGCUGCUUGGGCUAUAUUUACGCCUUUGCUGAAAGAACUGGAGGCGAAGAAGAUCUCACCGGAGUUGUAUCCUUAUGGCAGCAGAGGACCCGUCGGCGCUCAUUAUUUGGCGGCAAAAUAUGAUGUCCGGUGGGGAGAUCUCGCCGGAGAUGACUGAUUGACAUGUAAAUGUGGCUGCUGCUUCUUCUUCUUUUUUUUUUUUUUUUUUUGUACCAUUGUUGUUUUUGUGUGCCAAAUUUGAACUUUUUGAGCACCCUUAAGUAUACAUGCAUGGCGACUCGAAUUUGAUCGAGCUCGAACUCAAACUUGAUAUUUUCAGGAAAAGGCCCAGAUCUGGAGUCCAAACUACAGUCCAAUAACCGAAACUUCAUUUUAUAGUUUA